GACAGCCAUGAAGGACAGCUACAGAGAGUAGCUGUUCUUGAAGAUGGCAAAGGGAAAGAGGGAAAGGCACAUUUACAACCAAUUUUGUUCUUUGCUUCAGCCAUGCGGGGACUAUCUCUUUUUACGUGGACUCUAUCGAGUGCUGGUACAGCAGUACAAGCACUUCGUGGCUUCGAGGAUACAUGCUCAAUCCUCGACCUGCUGGGAACUGCCUUGUACGCGGAUUGUGAUGCUAAGAAUGGAGAUUUGGUGAGAACUUCAAUCAACCUGAACAAAUGCCUCGGCAAUGACAACGGAAACCUUGCGUGCCAAGCAAAUGGAAAUUAUGGCAAGUCAUGCUAUGACUGUGUCCUCCUGUCAGGCCAACUGAUGUGUACUUGUGCAGGGCCAUAUGGCUAUGUCUUGAAUCUUUACAAACUAAAUGAUUGCAUUAGGAAUGAGAAUGGAGAACUGGCAUGCCGGACUUUGCGACAUAAGACUGUAGAAUCUGAGACCAGGGAUGGAAGGAAUGGGUUUCUCUCUGGCGAAUUCUUCUUGGACCUUUGUUUGCUUGUUUUAUGUCAACCCAUCAAUACAGAUUGAAUCGCUAUCUGCUCAUAUUGUACAUAAACACGGCGCGGGAGAUGUGAAC